AUGCGGAGGCUGAUAUCCACGUCGCUGCUGCUGGUGGCUAUUUCGAGUUUAGCACGGGCCGAUGUCCCUUUCUCACAUCAACAUAAACGAAGUGAACUAUCAGACUUGCUGUCGACGCUAGGUGGCGCCCCCAAGGCAGGUGCAGGCAGUAAUCCUGCUGGGCAAGGAGAAGUAGCUGGGCAAGGAAUCACAGUGACGGGCCCUGGAGGUAUAGCAGGAUCACAGAACCAAGGUUCUGGGGUCCAAGCAUUAGGAGUUGGAGGAGGAACUCAGGUCGGUGGUGGAGGUGCAGCAAAUCCUGCUGGAAAAGGAACUACAGCUGGACAAGGAAUCACAGUUUCGGGCACCGGAGGCACAGCAGGAUCACAGAACCAAGGGUCUGGAGCUCAAGCACUAGGAAUAGGAGGAGGGACCCAAAUCGGUGGCGAAGCUCCGGCAAAUCCUGCUGGAAAAGGGACUACAGCUGGAGAAGGAAUUUCGGUCACAGGCAAUGGAGGAAUGGCAGGAUCGCAGAAUCUAGGGUCUGGAACUCAAGCACAAGGAAACGGGGCGCUCCAAUCAGGUGGUCAAGGAGGUGGAACUGUGGCAGGAGGGAUUCCGGCUGGAGGAAAACCAGCAGGCUCGAACCAAGAAGGCGCAAAACCACCAAAAGCGGCAGCGCCAGAAACAAACACAGUAACAGCACUAGGUGCCAGUAACGGGACCUGCGAAGCGAUAAAGACAGUAACGGAGACAAUCACGGCACCGGCAGGAUUGGCAGCACAAGGCGCAGGGGUCACUCGAAUCAUCACUGUUACUGUGUCGGGGAACGUAGCAGCGGUGACCCCGGCCAUGGGACCAGGCGUAAUGCCUCCUCCAGGAGCAGUUGGAGGUGGCGGGAAGAUACCUGCUAUCGUAAAGACCAACGAUCCUGCUGCUGCCGCUCUGCCCAGCGGAGCAGCAGCUCCAGGAGCCAUGCCCCCUCCAGGAGGCAUGCCCCCACCAGGAGGUAUGCCCCCAGGAGGCAUGCCCCCACCAGGAGGCAUGCUCCCACCAGGAGGCAUGCCCCCUCCAGGAGCCAUGCCUCCGCCUGGAGCAGCGGUAGGAAUUGGUGGAAUGACGCCUGCCAUUGUCAAGACGAAUAAUCCUGCCAUCGCCAAUCAGCCCACCGCUCUAGCAGCGGCCCCCGCGCCUCCCGCAGCCCAAAUGCCUGCCGCCCCAGGGGCUCUCGCCGCUGGGACCGGAACCCUGCUCCCAGGUGGUGCAUGCGACUGCUCUUGUCUCUGCGCUGCUGGGUCCUUCCCGAAUGCAAUGGCUGCGAUGGGCCAGCCCCCUGCCGCUGCUGCAAUUAGCAGCUCAACUUUCUCUACCGCACGUAUCGUCCAAACAGGCGCUCCCGCCGCUCCAGCCGCUGCUCCAGCCGGCGCUCCAGCCGCUGCAAAUGCGCCCGCCAAUCCUCCAGCAGCAGGCACGCUGUCAAGCGCUGCGAUCGUCAAAACUGGAAUGCCAGGGAACCCAGUGCCCGCUCCAGCAGCUGCUGCGGCUCCACCACCGAUGCCUAUGCCCGCCGCGCCGGCUGCCAUCAAUUCCGCAACCCUGAAGCCAGCAGUCAUCGUGCAAACCGGGCCCGCACCCGCUGCCCAACUCCCGCCAGCACAGACUCCUCCUGGGCCGAAUGCUCCUGCUGCCGCGGCACCUCCAGCAGGAACUCCUCUCGCGCAAGCACCAGCACCAGGCCUCGCUCCUCAAGCGCCAGCCGCCGCAGCCCCGCAGAGCAACAUCGAACUCUCCGUGUCCAGGGCCGCAGGAGUGUCCGCGCAAGCGAUGAAACCAACCGACGCGGCGGCGCUGAACCCUGAAGCUGCGUAA